AUGUCCGGACAACUGUGGUUUCGCCUAACAGCUAUUGCUGUAUUAACCAGCUACGCCGUUGCAAAGCCAAUUGGACAUUGGAAUGUCCAAGAAAAUGCCAGCCCGAACACCAAGUGUCUACUAGAACAGGGCACAGAACUUUUUGAGACGGUCGAUAAUUCUUAUAUCAAACGCAACCCUGCCGCCAGUGACUUCUGCUCGGCUGGAAUUGGAACGGAAUACCAGUUGGGGAAUGUUAACUCUAAGGCUUAUGUGCCUGGAGGAAGCUCAACUGCAGCAAACGGCCAGCAGAUUGCCCUAGCGUCAUACAUACACCCCCUAGCAGACCCCGCCGCCUGGAACCGCAUAAUUGGCUAUCCCUCAAACAUUGUCAGUGUUCUUAUCGCUAACGUCCUUAAUGGCCCCGACACAACGGUGAAUGAAGCCUGGGCAGAUGUCAUCAACAGAGCCUCUGCUUCCGGAAAACGAAUUAUUGGAUAUGUCAGAACAGGAUAUCUAGGUCAAAGUCAGCAAAGAUUCGAGACCCGCCUUGGUUCGACCGAAAUUGCCGAUUGGGUCGCGCAGAUCGAAGCAGAUGUUGAUCUGUGGUACGCAUUGUACCCUGGGAAGAUCGGUGGUAUCUUCUUUGACGAGGCAUUGAACAUUUGCGGGUCUAAUAACGAAUAUGCGGAUCUGUAUCGGUUUCUCAGUGAUAAUACGAAGCGGAAAUAUUCAAAUGCUUUCACGGUGCUGAAUCCGGGGGCGACAAUACCGCAGUGUUUUGAGAAUAGUGCUGAUACGCUCAUGACCUUUGAACAAAGCUUCGACGUAUACAUAAACAGCUAUGUCCCAAACCCGGGCUGGACGCCCACAGACCCACGGAAGCUGUGGCAUAUUAUCUACGGCGUCCCGCAAGCAGAAGCAGCCAGGGUCGCCAACUUAGCUCACGAGCGUGGGGCAGGUUUUAUUCAUAUAACCGACGACACCCUUCCAAACCCCUACGACACCCUGCCCAACGAAGCCUACAUGUCAGCUCUCAUGAACGCUGUCCAGGGUGGUACGCUGGCAAUUGCUAGUCCGUCCCCGUUUGACAACAACGCCCGCGCUGCAUUCCCGCUUAAUGCACUUACAGUUACGGAUUCUGACUAUUCAUCUGUGAAACUAAGGUGGAAUAUAUCUAGUCGACGUCGACCCUAUGCAUACGCGGUCUUCUGUGAUGGAAGGGAAGUGGCCCGUCUCCCUGGUACAAUGGACCACGUCACAAUUGGCAACAUUAGUCCCGGAUCUCGCUCCUCGUUCACCGUGCGCGUAAUUGGAGAAAACGGCAUCAUGACAGGAAAUUCGCCCUCUGUCUCAGCCCAAACAGACAGUCUACCGGGUGACCAAGCGGUGACAAACAUUAGAGCCACUACCCUAGCCGGCUCGACAACGAUCUCCGCAGAUUUUCUUGUUCCUCACGCUUUAAUGCACGUCUACCUAACUGACCCAGACACGAAUUGCAUUAUGCCCGCGUGGCCCAUCAACUUUAACAUAGACGACUUCGUCUGCGCGCACUACAUGGUUGAGAACCAAGUCCUAUACAGAUACAGCGGUCCUGAGCCCGCAGAAGGUGAAGUGAAUUACCCUUGGGCGUGGACUGCUAUUGGUGCGGCGCCGGCCACGCGCAAUGGAUAUACGUGGACCUGGACACUUCCCGUGAGCACAGAUAUGACGGACUCGAGCUACUUCGUUGUACAGUCAGAGGGACUCGGUGCUGCCGAUGAUUGGGACCAUACGCAAGAAAACACCUACGACUUUGUCCGCUGGUACACUCUCAAAUAG